GUAAAACGUCGCGUUUCUGUCUCAUGCACAGCACAAUGCACAAUGAAUACGAAGCAGAACAAGGACUGUAAUGUUCAGUGAGCAAACGACAACUGCGAUGGGCUGUAAACACGUCGAAGGAAUCGAGGGGCUCUUUAUUAUUCUGUGUGACGGCUGCUUUCUGUUUCCGCUUUGCUUGGAGACAUUUCUCUAAACACACGGGCGGAUCUCACAUGGUUGCGUAGACGUGACUCAGCAGGUGCAGACACGAUAACUUGCCAUGGAGUCUUCACUGAAGUGUCUGGUUAAUGACGAUAGCAGGUACCAGGAAUCCUUCAAGCUUUUUCUGGAGCGUUCCUCUGAGCAUAAAUGUAUGCAGGACUUCAUCCACAAUCUGCUGCCAGAUGUACUGGCUAGCAUUGGAGAUGGAAAAUCCCAUCUAAAUGUCAUUGGAGUUGGAAGUGGAGCUGGUGAGAUUGACCUUGAGAUGCUCUCCGAGCUUCAUCUGAAGCACCCAGAGGUGACAGUGGAUAACGAGGUGGUGGAGCCUAGUGCCCAGCAGCUACAUAACUACAGAGUUUUGGUGUCACGGAAACCAGAUUUAGAUUACAUCAAAUUUAACUGGAACAAGAUGACUUCCGGUGAGUUUGAGGAAAACUGGAAAGUGAAAAAGAUGACUAAGAAGGCUGACUUCAUUCACAUGAUACAGAUGCUGUAUUAUGUGAAGGAUCCUGAAGCUACCAUCAACUUCUUCCACAGUCUCCUCAACAAGAACGGGAAGCUUCUUAUCAUUCUCGUGUCUGGUGAGAGUGGUUGGAGAAGGCUUUGGCAGACUUACAGGAGCCAGCUCUCUAACACAGAAUUAAGUCAGUAUGUGACAACUCAGGACGUCAAAGCCUUCCUGGAAUCCAAAGGAGUGAGCUACCAGAACUAUGAGCUGCCAUCUCAAAUGGAUAUCACCGAGUGCUUCACCGAGGGGGAUGAGAAGGGAGAGCUGCUGCUUGAUUUUCUCACUGAGGUGCUGAACUUCAGUAAGACGGCCCCACCUGACCUGAAAGCCGGUGUCUUGGAGUUACUUCGACACCCAGACUGUAGUGUAGAGUCCAAUGGCAGGAUUAUCUUUAACAACAACCUUGGAGCAAUCGUGAUAGAUCCCUUAAAGACAGGAUGUUAAUAUAGUGAAAUUGAAAGUGAAAAAUGCAGUAGAUUCAUAACAUAGUUGUUUAUAGCUACUAAACUCUGUUUAAACAGAGUGAUUGUUUCAAAUUGAAGAUUUUAGAUUAUGUGGAAAAUGUCUUGUUUUACAUGAUCAGUCCUGCUUCCACACUAACUGAACCUGAUCUCCAGGAAGUCUGUUUUGAUUAUACAGGAAGUUAUUUUGUGUAGAUACCAGUAUUAUUUAUUAAUUAUGUAUAAUGUUCUAAUCAAAUUGGGCUAAAUGAAAGUGUCUUAUGCUUAUUUUUAUUUCAUUGUCAUGAGCCACCCAAACAAAAUGUAAAGAUCAGAAUUUUCAUCAGUUUCAGAUUCUCCCGUCAUGUCAUUUUUAUGGGCUACAGCUGGCUGGCUGUGCUGCCUUACCCAUAACACUGCUGCUCACUGGAUCACAUUACUUAAAAAUGAAAUAUAGAAAUAAAUGGAAAAUUGGA